GGCACAGGACGAAGAAAGACACUAGAGAACAUGGCCAGCAGAAAAGCUGCAGGGAAGGCGGCUGCCAAACGUGCUCAGCGAGGCUCCUCUAAUGUCUUCUCCAUGUUUGAGCAGUCACAGAUUCAAGAAUUUAAGGAGGCAUUCAGCUGUAUCGACCAAAACCGUGAUGGGAUCAUAAGCAAACCUGACCUCAAAGAAACAUAUAUGCAAUUGGGUAAGAUGAACGUGAAUGAGGAUGAGCUGGAUGAGAUGCUCAAAGAGGGCAAAGGACCCAUUAACUUCACAGUCUUCCUGUCGUUGUUUGGCGAGAAGCUUAAUGGAACGGACCCAGAAGACUCAAUCCUCAGUGCAUUCAAAAUUCUUGACCCCAACGCAACUGGCAAUAUCAACAAAGAUGAAUUAAAGCUGCUUCUGAUGACACAAGCAGACAAAUUCAGUGCAGAGGAGGUAGACCAGAUGUUUGCUGUGACCCCAAUUGACGUGGCAGGGAAUAUUGACUACAAGUCACUGUGUUAUAUCAUCACGCAUGGAGAUGAGAAAGAAGACUCAUAAACAUCCAGCUAGAAAUAAAAUGACAUGUUCUGGAGUCCCCUAUUCCGUUCUUUGACUUUAUUCUGAUUUCUGUAUUUAGGGCUCCGUGGGCAUGUCGGAGAAAAAAGUUCUUGUACUUCUAUAAAUGAGACUUAAAUGAACAGUUCAGUGUAAAAAUAAAAACUGGGUUAUAGAUAGGCUGUGCAAAAUGACAUUUUAUUCUGAUAUAGUUAGUUAACCAAAAAAUGUAAUGUAUAAAGGCUGGAGUGACUGGAUGUGUAAUAUAAUAGCCAGAACACUACUUCCUGCUUUUCAGCUCUCUAACUCUGAGUUAGUCAGCGACUUGAAGGGGGGCCACAUGGGACAUAAAUGUUCAGUGAGUUUGCAAUUGAUCCUCAGAAUGCAGCUCAGAUACAAAUGCAGCUGUCACGCCCAUUUGCCCCCCCCAAGUCACUGAUUGGUUAGUGAGUGGUAACCAAUCAGUGGAAACCAAGAGAGCUGAAAAGCAGUAGUAUAGUGUUCUAGCUAUUAUGUUACAGAUCCAGUCACUCCAGCCUUUAUAAAUUACAUUUUUGGCUAACUAACUAUAUUAGAAACAUUUUUUAUUUUGCACAGCCUAUAUAUUUUCCCAGUUUUUUUUUUUAUACUGAAUAAUUCCUUUAAGGACCUAAAAAUGUCACCCUGUCGCACCUAUAACAUGGUAAUACCACAAUUUUCAAGAUAUAAUGAGUGACCCUGAUUCAUAUAAAUAAAGUAUUUAUUAAAC